CUCACAACACAAAAACAAUUAAUCGAAAGUGUACUCACUACGAUUUACACAACAUAUUCUCUUAUAAAAUCCCCAACCUCGUUUGCAUUCCUUCACUGUUCCAUUAACCCAAUUUUCUCUCGUUCAUUCAUUCAUUCAUUCUUUCAUAUUCAUAUUCAUUGUGUUAUUUCUCAAUUCCUUCACUUUCUCCUAUGGCCAAAGAUCUUAAAGAGCUUCAAGAAUCCGAUGUUAUCUUCCCGGAUCACCACCAUGUCCACCACCACAACAACAACAACACUUGCUUUGAUUAUCAAGAAAUGAAUCAUCAUAACUCGCGCGUGUCACGUAACAAGAACUCCUCCAAGGACUACAAUAAAAAAAUGGCGAUUUCGCUCCCGGUGAAUAUCCCGGGUAGCAUAUUCCACCACGGGGAUAACAAUAGCUUUGAAGAUGAAGAACGAGAAGGCGAAGAAAUGGUGCCGCCCCAUGUGAUCACGGGGCGUCGAGUAGAAGGAAAAAUGGCCUUCUCCGUUUGCACCGGUAACGGGAGGACACUCAAGGGAAGAGAUUUAAGCAAAGUUCGGAAUUCAAUUCUUAGGAUGACUGGGUUUUUGGAAACAUGACCAGACCAACUAUAUACACAUAUAUAUAUGUUAUAUAGUCUAUGACCAUGGUAUGUAAAAUUAAAACCAUGGCCACGGCUGCUUAAUUUGUUAGAAAAAAUGAAAGGGAAUUCAAUGUGGAAAGGAAGAUAGUUUCCUUUAUUACUGUCUGUAAUUUUUCGUUUUUUUUUUUGUAGUAAUUUGGGAGGGAUUCUCAUUCAUUAGUUGUAAUAGAAAAAGGAAAAUAAAAAAUAAAAAAUUGCGAUAAGAAAGUGAAUUAUUUAUAU